CAGUGGCUUCAUUCACUCUGCGUUAGCCAACCAGUCAGCCAGCUAGCCUCCGCGCUAAUGAAGCUAAUGCGGCUAGCGGCGUAUAGCAGCAUUUACACGCUUUCUUUAUUUCUGCCGGUGAGUUAAAGCACAGAUUAGUGUCCACACAGGGAAGACUCAGUUAAACACCAAAGCAGCCCGUAAAAAAAGAGACCGCCUGAGGCUAACUCGACAUUAAGCCUCACCUAUCGCGGCCAGUACAACACCCAGAAACCCUUCAGGUUUUACCGAGAGUCACUCGGAUGUGCGUGAAUGGGAGCAGACUGUAGGUAGGAAGGACAGCAGGUAGAUGGAUUCCUCCAACUCCUCAGGUGAUGCUUUUCCAGGGUGUAGAGUGGACUGUGGUCACGGUGUUUGGGUCGGACAGAACUGCACCUUACCGGGUCAGCACCUGCGCUGUCAGCUGGUAAAUGUGACAGACCGCAUCAACACAUCCAGCCUCAUUAUGGCUCAAGACAGGGGCAAAUAUGACUUCUACAUUGGCUUGGCGCUGGCCGUCAGCUCCAGCAUCUUCAUCGGAGGCAGUUUUAUCCUGAAGAAGAAAGGACUUCUGAGGUUGGCGAGGAAGGGGUCCACACGGGCAGGGCAGGGAGGUCAUGCGUAUCUGAAAGAGUGGCUGUGGUGGGCAGGUUUACUAUCAAUGGGGGCUGGGGAAGCGGCCAACUUCGCCGCUUACGCCUUUGCUCCUGCAACGCUAGUCACACCGCUGGGAGCCCUGAGCGUGCUCGUCAGCGCCGUGCUGUCGUCAUACUUCCUGACGGAACGGUUAAACCUGCACGGGAAGCUUGGCUGUCUGCUCAGUAUCCUGGGCUCCACCACCAUGGUCAUUCACGCGCCGAAGGAAGAGGAGAUCAGCAGCCUCGAGGAGAUGGCGGCCAAGCUGGUUGACCCAGGGUUCCUUGUCUUUGCCACCCUCGUCAUCAUCGUUGCACUCAUCUUCAUAUUUGUUGUGGGUCCCCGCCACGGCCAGACCAACAUCCUAGUCUACAUCACCAUCUGCUCGGUAAUCGGAGCACUCUCUGUGUCCUGUGUGAAAGGACUGGGCAUCGCCAUCAAGGAAGCGAUCGCCGGGACGAGCGUGGUGAAAAACCCGCUGGCGUGGAUCCUGCUCCUGGGUCUAGUGGGCUGUGUGAGCACGCAGAUCAACUACCUGAACAAAGCUCUGGACAUUUUCAACACCUCCCUGGUAACGCCAAUCUACUACGUGUUCUUCACCACGUCCGUGCUCACCUGCUCUGCCAUCCUCUUCAAAGAGUGGGAGCACAUGGGAGCGGACGAUGUCAUCGGUACACUCAGUGGCUUCCUCACAAUCAUCGUGGGCAUCUUCCUGCUCCACGCCUUUAAAGACGUUAGCGUGAGCCUGGCCACGCUCGCGGUGUCCAUGCGGAAGGAAGAACGAGCGUUUCCCACAGCCAACGGCAUAGCAUCUCACACCGCCUACGAACUGCUGGACGAGAAGUCGGUCGGAGACAUGGAGGAGCGAGACACUGCUUCGCAUUUCGAUAGCGUCUCCAGAAGGAAUGGCACGAUGACGUCCUUGCUGGAUCACUAAGGACCUCCCUAUUCCAGAAGACUCGGCCGCGGCUCUGAUGUAGACGUGGAGCGCGAGAAUGAGACAAUCAGCGAUCCGGGGCGUGAACAGACCAGUGGAUUGUAGUUAAUGUUUUAAUUUGCCUUACUUUUCUUGGAAUAUGGCUCAUAUUCAUCUCUAGUUAAACUUAAUUUCAUUCCGGUGUAGCGCUGUAAAUACGUUUUAUAAAAAGGUUUUAUGGACAUGCA